UACUGGUACGAGGGCGACGAGGCCGGCGACCUCCCUGUGGAUUUCUCCAUCGUCUGGGAUGGAGAUUUCUUCAUCGACAAACCUGCGUCAAUGAAAGCGUUGCUGUAUAAGUGCGAGGCCCAGCGCUCCAGCUGUGGUCAGUGUCUCAAAGCUCCCGCUGCCUUCGAGUGCGGCUGGUGCACCGAGACCAGGAAGUGUCUCCUGCAGCAACACUGUCCCGCCCCCGAGCAGAACUGGAUGCACCACGGUCGACACAACCUGCGCUGCAGCCACCCGCGCAUCACGAAGAUCGACCCUCUGACGGGGCCUCGUGAGGGGGGGACACGGGUGACGAUUGAGGGGGAGAACCUGGGUCUGCAGGUGAAGGAGAUCGCUCACGUUCAGGUGGCCGGAGUCCGCUGUAACCCCGUCCCCUCGCAGUACAUCAGCGCUGAGAGGAUCGUGUGCGAUAUGGCCGAAGCUCUCCUCCCCCACUCUCCAGGCGGCCCUGUCGAGCUCUGCAUUGGCGUCUGCAGCGCAGAGUAUCGAACCCUCUCCACCCAGACGUACUCCUUCGUGAGCCCCAGUUUCAGUCGUGUGCGUCCAGAGAAGGGUCCCGUUUCCGGGGGAACCAGACUGACGGUGACCGGCCGACACCUGGACGCCGGCAGCACCGUCACCAUUUACAUCGACAAGGAGAAGUGUCUGUUUGUCAAACGCACCAAUCGGGAAAUAAUCUGCAUAACUCCCGCCUCUCCGUCUGGUACUGGUCCCGCCCCCAUCCGUCUGAUGAUUGACAGGGCCGAGGUGACGAGCUCAGAGACCAAAUACAUCUACACGGAGGACCCGACCGUCACCGGCAUCGAGCCGAGCUGGACCAUCCUCAAUGGCAGUACAGUGAUCACAGUAACAGGAACAAACCUGUUGACGAUCCAGGAGCCGAAAGUCAGAGCAAAGUACGGAGGAGUGGAAACGAAUAAUUUCUGUACGGUGGUCAACGACAGCACCAUGACGUGUUUGGCUCCAGGUCUGAUUUACAGUAAACCCAACCCACCAGAGGGGGCGCUGCAGCCCGACGAGUUUGGUUUCAUCUUUGACCAGGUCUCGUCUCUGCUGGUGCUGAACUCCACCCCCUUCACACACUACCCCAACCCGACCUUUGACCCCCUGGGGAACUCUGGGAUCCUGGAGGUCAAACCGGGGUCACCCAUCAUCCUUAAGGGUAAGAACCUGAUCCCACCUGCCCCCGGUAACAACCGCCUGAACUACACGGUGCUGAUUGGAGAGUCUCCCUGCCUGUUGACCGUGUCAGAGAACCAGCUGCUCUGUGAUUCGCCAGAUCUCACCGGAGAACAGCGAGUCGUG